AUGUCGAUUGUUGCUUUGAAGAACGCGGUUGCCGGUAUGGUUGCCAAGGGCAAGAGCAAGGUUUCUUCUGCGCAGACGCCGUUGUUGCGGAAUGACGAGGUGCUGGAUGGCGGCAACUAUGGGGCGGCGACGGCGGUGGAUCGGGAAUCUGGGCUGUUUGGAGGCAAGCAUCUCGGGGACGGGGAGGGCGACAGUGGUAAGGGAGGGAUAUUGGGAAAGAUUGAUCCUCGAAUGAUGUCCGAUUUGAUCAUUGGUCUAAGUGAUGGUCUUACGGUGCCCUUUGCGUUGACUGCGGGUUUGUCUUCUUUAGGGGAUGCCAAGUUGGUUAUAACCGGUGGGUUUGCGGAAUUGAUUUCGGGGUCCAUUUCGAUGGGUCUCGGUGGAUACUUGGGGGCCCAGUCGGAGUCAGAUUACUAUCGCUCGGAGGUGAAGCAGGAAAAACGCAAGUUUUAUAACAAUACACAGUUGAUUAAUCAUGAAAUAGAGGAUAUCCUUCUGGAAAUCAAUCCGUCCUUUUCGGACGAGACGAUCGUAUCCUUCAUCAAAGAUUUGCAGAGGGAUCCCGAGUUGAUGGUGGAUUUCAUCAUCAAGUUUGGUCGUGGGUUGGAGGAGCCGGCAGAAAAUAGACAGUUGGUUUCUGCGCUCACGAUUGGCGGUGGCUAUUUCGUCGGUGGGUUUAUUCCACUAUUUCCUUAUUUCUUUGUUCAACAGGUUGGCACGGGGUUGUUGCUCUCUAUCAUAUUGAUGGCGGCGACUUUAUUCUGGUUUGGGUUUUUCAAGACCCAGGUAUCCAUGAAUGAGAGCUGUACGUUGAAUAAGAAAUGCUCAGAGGGUGUUCAGAUGAUGGCUGUAGGGGGUAUAGCAGCAGCUUCUGCGUGGUUCUUUGUUAAAUUGCUCGGUUGA